AUUUAUCCUUUGGCUUUUUCUUUAUUUUUCAAAUGGGUUUUGCCUGGGUUUCUCGAAUUUUGUUUUUCAUCUUUAUUUGACUACUUUUUUAUUUCAUUUUGUUUUCUUUCUUUUUUCUUGCUUUCCUUUGUUUCUUCUCCGAUUUUGCUUCCUUCUUUUCUUCCGCUAUUCUUGUGUUUUCUUUCUCUCUUCGCCAUUUUUCUGUUUUGAUGGAAGGGAAUCCUUCAAAAUCUACUAUUAUGGCCCCAGUUGCUCAGGAUAUUACUGAGAUAGGGGUGGAUCCCAUUGUUAGAAGUGAUCUUAGAAAUUCUCCUACUACUGUUGAGGCCAUGAGAAUUUCUCUUUCUGUUCUCAAAAAGAGGAGUUGGUCCUCCAACGCCUUCAAGAACGCUGCAUCCAAGAACAACACCAGCUUCAUUGCCUCAAUCCUUCUAACUCCAGCUCCUCCAAACCCUUCCCCAAUUCCAAUUGCUGAGAUCAUGAAAGGAGGCGAGACAGGGAACGCUGCUCGGAAUGCUACAAUUGCCAGCAUGAGGAGGAAGCCAAGGAGCGCCCAGCUCUUAUUUGUACAAGGGUUCCGAGCUGGAGUUGACCAGAGGGAACAGAGAAAGGUUGUUGCCAAGAAUGUAAGAGAAAUGCUGGAAGAGAGUCGCAGAAAAUAGGGCAUUGAAUUGAAAUCAGAAGUUGCUACUGCAUAGAGGCUUUGGGAGGAAGCUACUAAUAUGUAUGAUUCUUUCGAUAUAAAACUCGAUACUCAUUAGUCCCUUGCAAUCAAGCCUAUCAAGUUGAUUGUGCUUGAUCGCAUCUUUGAGUUUGAAAGCAUGGAUGUUUUUGUGUAGGUUUAAAUUGAUCCAAGGUUGAAGAAAGUUUAUGAUUAAGGUUCAACGCAUGUUCCUUUGGGCAGAUCUAUGGUUGAAGUAGAGUAAGGAUUAGGCAGCUUUUGAGGAUGCAGAGGAUUUUGUUAUAGCUAUUCACAGUUGGAGUAGUUUUGCAAAUGCGAAGGUUCUCAAGCUACCCCUCAUUCUCUAAAUGCUCAGCUUUUCAGACUUCUUGUUGAACCUGCAUAUAAGAACAUUUAUUUUUGAAAAAACAUUUGGGUUAUACUACUUUAAUUUCGUUCUUUAAAUUUGCUCAGGUUUAUGAUGCUGGUUCCCAUUAUCCAUCUGUUUUCUGCAACUCAUUGGUACUUUGGAUUUUCGCUGCUUGCAUGCUAAGGUUGAGCUUAUUUAGAUACGAGGGAAACGCAAAGGUAUGAUAAACCUGUGUUGUUAGUUUAAGAAUGCUAUGAUUUAUUAAAAAAGAAGAAAGAACUUAUCUCUUUUGUUGCUUUUGUCUUGAAUCGUCCAAUUCUGCUUAUCAACAAUUGAAUGAGCUAGCUUAAAAGAUUUUGCUUUAAAAAGCUCUAUUUCUAACUUGAGUUUUGGUCUUGGUAUUAUUACCUUUCACCGAAAUUAUGUGAAGAUUCAUGUUUUCCAGGAAGUUGUGUGCUACUUCUUUAUCUCUGAUCUUUUAUAGUUUCUUGUGGUGAAGCUAUCCUUAUACCUCAAUGGGGAUCUAUGUUUUAAUGAUUGGUUAGCAUUUGCCAUGUCCCUUGCUCGGGCAUGAUUUUGCCC